GGUCAGAUUUCACUUUAUUGUUUCUUUCAGCUAAGAAAUGGCGUAGGGCCUAUUUCUAUGCGCUGCAUAAAAAAAAUACAGAAUUAAAUAAAAUCAGAUAUAAAAUAUAAGCCAUAUCCAGAUGAAAUUUUGCACAGUUUUUAUCAACAGAGCGUAUACAAUUUCAAUUAUGCAAAUUACAAAUUUUUCGUUUUUUUUUGUUAUUACAGAAAACACAUUCGCUUUUUCAAUCUAAAAUUGUCCUGAUAUAAUGUUGUUGCAUCUAAGAACAUAAUAAUAAUUAUACAUUUAUGUACGUUAUAAACUAAAAAAGAUGAGAAUAAUAACAUCAAUAAUCCAUCGAGUUACAAGUAUCAGCCUAACGGAUGGUUACUAAUGUAAGUCACAUUCAUUGUAAAGAUUCUUACGUAUGCUGACAUAUUCUUACAGUAUAUAUGCAUUACACCAUAAUACGUCUACGGGACGCACGGAUGAUCAUGGCCGUUUUAUCCAGUAUCAACGAGACAUUGAUCUUUUUUACCUCGAAAGACAAUCAGAGAGUAUUGAAUCAUUUUUACAGUUUAUUCGAAGUAUGACACGUAAAUACACGGAAUACUUCACAAUAAUAUUUUGGAGUAAAGAUGAAGAUAACGAUAAGAUUCUUUUAUAAGGUAAGCCUCCUGUUUCUUAUCAAUUAGUAGCGGGCCCAUAAUACCGAAGAUGUCCACCAACAGUGCCAACACACAGUUGAUGGAUAUAAAAUAACUUAAUUACCUUAGAUAGCUUAUUAUUAUUAUUAUAAUGCCACAUAGUAUGAUUCAUCGAAAGGUCAUCUAGAAAUUAUGCUUAAUGCUAAAUGCUCGCUGCUUUUUGAACGUACCCACAAGUGCAUUGCUAAAAUUAAGAAUUUACUUUGCUUAAGUCUUUCCCUUUUAGAAUAUGUCUUUUAAUCAAAUAAAAGAAAUUCGCUUCCAGUGAAAAUUGAGAUUUGCCAUCGAUAACCAUUUUUUUUAAUUUCUAAAAUUAUACUUUUCGCUUUUGAUCGCUGAGAUUUUCGAUAAUGGUUAUCGUCCAGUUUAAACAUCACAGAUAAAUCUUCUUUUUUUGGUUGCGUAAAAUAAAAAAUUUAUUCAUUUUACAGAAAUAAUUAUAAUAAUAAGAUUGUUUCUCAAUGUAUUCAUUGUUGUAAUCAAUAGCAUUUUUAGAUACGAUUCCAGGAUCUAUUUCGAGAUUGCUUUAUUAGCAGCACUUGUGUCGUUAAUAAUCGGAAUUCCAAGGAUAAAGAAUUAGCGUAGUUCAUUGUUAAUAUGAGACAUUUAUAAUAGUUUUAUUGGCAUAUAGCCUUUCCUUAAAAAUAUUAUUCUUAGCAUUAUUAUAAUAGUACACAUAUAUAUCUAAGCUUUCUCUUUUUUUUGGUGACGUGCACGUCAUUUUUUGUUAUUGUUUUAUGCUGUCGCUUAUUACCUUUCCAACAUACUUUUCCCCAAUAAGGGCAAGCCAUUACAAUUCAAAUUAUGUAAUCCGAUGAAUCGCCGUCUUCAUCGAUUGUGGUGCAUUGCUGCUAAAAUUAUCUUCACGCGAAGCUAACGACGCUAACGACUAAAAACUGAUCAAACUAUGACCUAUCUUUCGUGCAAAUAAAUAUCGUGCUCACGCAAUCAUCGCGGUAAAAAUUAUUAAAUCCCAAAAAGAAACUCAAGGGUAUCAUAACGGCUCGAUGAAAAUCUAUGUUGCGCAAAGCUAACACUGACGUUAAUCAUAACUUAAUUUCUUAUGCAUAUUAAACGAGAAAGAAGCAAAUCGAAGGAAACUUAUUCUAAGAAAAACGCGUAUAAUCCAAUAUCCUAAAAUAACACGCAUGUAGGCGUAACCUGUAUUAAGAAUACGCUCUUAGCACUCUCCGUGUCUUCUAAAAACAUUUGGUAACUUUUGUUGAUUUAAUAUUCCUCCAUGGGAUCAAAGUGAUUUACUUUAAGCUUAUAAAUAUGAUUUUUAACUCGCGACAAGUAAAGUGUGUCUUCGAUAUUUGUAGCGAUUUUUGAAUAAACCGGCAUUCAAUUUUCAUCACGACUGAUCGAAGACGCGCUGUUUCUAUUUCGGUCAAUUUCUCUAUUUUUAGUGGUUUGCUCAGCGAAGUACGACCGGAGUGAGAAAAGGUUUAGAAAAACUCUUGAUUGAAGUCCUUUUUGCUGUAAUGCAAUGAUUGGAUAAUUUUAAGUAUUUUAAAUAGUUAUAAUACAGAGGAUUAUUUAUAACGAAAUUACACGUUUUGAUACACUUUUAGAAUUUCCGUCUUUAAAUAUGACUGUCUAAAAUAACAGGCUGAUAAGCAAAGUGUAUUAGAUAGUCUACUAUUACACCACUCCAUGAUUUCGACGGAGCGUUUAAACGUCGUACAAAGAAAGGCUCGAUAAUAAAUCGAUGAUGUUUGCUUGAAUAGUCAGACGGCGUUGUUUUCACAGAGGAAUUCGAUCGUAUCAAAUCUGUUUUUCUUUUCACAACACCGUCCAUUGUCAGCCCCAAAUUCGGUUCGUAAGGCGCUACGUCUCGCGGCAAUCGCGGAAUGACGAACCGAUGAGAAUUCCGAUCAUAUAGAUUGUAGUUUCACAAAGUAGCAAGAAUAUUCGAAAUGCCGUCGCGAGGAAAAACGGCGGAGUCGAUUUCCACAAAAAUCCCUGUAUUCAAAGUCGAUGUAUUCUUGGACAGGAUAGUCAGUGAAACGUCACGUGACGUAGGAGAGCGCCUCCUUCUCAUCGCGGCUAUUUAAGAUGAAUCCGCGAUUCGCGCCGAAUCAGAAGUCGACUCGAAUGAUACCGGAAUCGUCUGGUGAUCUACGAGUAAUUAAUCGAAGUCCACGUUCCACAUAAAAUGUCCAUUGUGCCCCUUGUUUUCCGCAAUUGGUGGGACGACUUCGAUCGUCCCGUUUCGCGGCUAUUGGACCAGCACUUUGGCAUCGGCCUCCAUCGAGAUGAUCUCAUCUCGAGUCUCUCCGGACUUGGCCUCGAUCGACCGUCCGUACGCUUUGGGAAUAGAUACUAUCGACCAUGGGGGAACGUGACGCGUCAAAACUCGAGUGGGACCAGCACGAUCCAGUUGGACAAUGAUAAUUUUCAGGUGAUACUGGACGUGCAACAAUUCUCACCGGACGAGAUCACGGUGAAGACGAUUGACAAUCACGUCGUUGUUGAGGCCAAGCAUGAGGAGAAGCAGGACGAGCACGGCUACAUCAGCAGACACUUCGUACGCAGAUACGUCCUGCCUCCGUCUCACGACCUCGUCAACAUCACCUCGACCCUCUCUUCGGAUGGUGUACUAACUGUCACGGCGCCCAAAAAGAACGUGACGCCGGCUGGCACGGAAAGAGUCAUCAGCGUUGUUCAAACGGGAAUACCAGCUGCCAAGCCGGUUCCCGUCGAAACAACUGCUACUACUACUACUACAACCACUACCACCAACUGAAGAAUUUAUUAUUCGAAACUUUCAUUCCGACAUUCACUUCAUUCUUUUACUUUCUCAAUUCUAAUAAUGUAAAACAAUUUUGUAUAACAAAAUUGUGUCACAUCUAAUAAUUUUCUAAUAUUUAUUUCACGAAGAUAUAAUUUUUUAUGUAUAAUAUAAAUAUAUUUCGUUACAUCGUUUGAUAUCAAUUACAAACAAAUUACAUUUUGUUUGUUUUCAAUCUCUAAUAUAUCAAAAUUAUCUUUAUCAAGAGAGUUAAUUUUAGUUUCAAUUUAACUGAUUCUCUCUUUUUGUCUCUUUCCGAUAUUAGUUCGACAAGAGAAAUAAUAGAUCUCCAAGAGACAAAAAAUCUGAACAAUUAUCUUACAAUUAUCUUAAUAAAAGAAAUCAAGUUUAAUAACAAAUAAUAUAAUUUAUGUGUGUAUAACUGGGAUUUAGAGGUUGUCAAUUAAAAAGAAGAAAUACCAAA